ACAGAAAUUUGCAGAUGCUGAAAACAAAGCUGUGAAUUAUUUGUUGCAAAACGUUGCACAGUCGCAAAACACCUUUGUCUUAGCCAUCGUGACUUAUGCUCUCACUCAAGCAAAGAUCAACCACCCUGACCUCCACUCAGCCUACCUUCGCUUGAAGAAUGAAGCUCAAGUGAAAGGAAACCCUCCAGUCUACCGUUUCUGGAAAGAGACCCCCGUCAAAUUCGACGCCAGCAUUCCCUCUGAGGGCAACGCCAGGAUGGUUGAAACCACCGCCUACGUCUUGCUGUCCAUUUUGCUGAAAGGCGACCACAACUACGCCAAGUCGGUCAUGAAAUGGUUGACCGAAGAGCAGAGAUUUGGGGGUGGAUUUUAUUCGACCCAGGAUACAGUUAUUGCUUUGGAGUGCUUGACCGAAUAUUCCAUCCUGAUUAAACGGCUCACGCUGGACAUGAACGUCAAAGCGUCUUACAAAUUUCAGGGAGAUUUCCACACGUACAGGCUCACGCAUCACAAUUACAUCGGCCGGCCUGUGGAUGCUUCCGUGAAGGAUAAUAUAGACAUACACACAGGGAGCAGUACCGGGACAGCAGCUGUGACUCUGAGAAGCGUGUAUUAUGUCAGCAGCGUUUCUGAAGACACUUGUGACUUUCAGUUGAAGAUUGAUGUCACGCUAGACGAUUCCAGGAAAUGAGUUCCUGUGCGUUGGUUUUCGAAUAACUGAAAUUUACCGGGUGGGAGUGCCAAGUCCAGGAACCUUCUCGGUGUAUGAUUAUCAUGAGCCUGAUAAAAAGUGCACUAUCUUUUAUAAUGCUUACGGAGAAGAAUCUCUUGUCAAGUUAUGUGAAGGCAGUGAAUGCAGAUGUAUGGAAG